AUCGACGCAGUGAGUAAAAGAAGUAAGGAGUCAGAGGCUGCCUUCUUAAACGUGUACAAGAGAUUCAUCGAUGUCCCAGGUAAGUCUCACCGCAACUGUGUAUGCGAGGCACAUACAUUUGUCAUGUUUAUGAGACACACGUCUCUGGCCCCACAUACACACACAGACGCGUUCCUGAUGACUUCUCCUGAAGUUCCUGAGACAAUGUGCGUCCUGAAGCCCUGUGAGUGCCGAGCGGUGGGGAAAAUGGGAAGGGAUGGGGAGCAGGGCAUACAAUUCACUUUUUGAUCCACCAGCCGCUGUGGCAAGUAGAUAAAAAAAUCUACCAGCCACUCUGAUUUUUUACCAGCCAAAAUAUUUUUUAUUCAUCGAAAUUACACCAACAAAACAUGAAAAAACAGAUGAGCAUGCUUUGUAAUGUUUCUAAAACAAUAAAUGUAUUACUAGUAAGAACUAACUAAUGUGGUAUAUUUAAGCAAUAAGGCCAGAGGGGAUGUGGUAUAUGGCCAAUAUACCACGGCUAAGGGCUGUUCUUAGGCACGACGCUACGUGGACUGCCUGGACACAGCCCUUAGCCAUGGUAUAUUGGCCAUAUAUCACAAACCCCCGAGGUGCCUUAUUGCUAUUAUAAACUGGUUACCAAAGUGAUUAGAGCAGUAAAAAUAAAUGUUUUGUCAUACCCAUGGUAUACUGUCUGAUAUACCACGGCUGUCAGCCAAUCAGCAUUCAGGGCUCGAACCACCCAGUUUAUAAUGAAUAAUAACAAAUGUGUGACCUGAUUUAACCAAAAUAACACAGAUUAGACAAAUUUCACCUGCCCCUUUAAGGGCGGGAGGUUACCAUGGUAGCGUGACUCGAGUCAUGUUUGUGCCUGUGAGAUUGGGUCUGACUAGUAGAAGAGUUUUCUUCUCUUCCCUAGCAGUUAAAACUCAAACAGAAAAACAACAUAGCUUGUAAACAAAACAAUGUAAAUAGCCAAGAAACACAAGGACAAAGUCUCACUUCAGUAGGCUUUCGUUUCAAGUAAAUUAGACCAACUUUUAUGCCUGUGCCCAGCGCUUCUAAAAAUGAAUCUUUCAUUUAGCUCUUCACGUGUGCACAGCCCCCAGCCAGGCAGUGUUGCAGCGUGAGGUGGGAUAGGCUAUAUAGGAUUCAUUGUUCUUUGAUUUUGUUGAAUUUAAUUUACCAGCUAUGAAACAAAAUGGCGGAAAUACUUUGAAAACAGCUACUGCAGCAUUUAUUUUACUAUAAAUGUGAUCAUACUUGACUAUUUGUAUUCACAAAUGCGAGUGAAAUGCUUGCACUGUGGAGCCCUGACCACCCGCCAAUGUGGCUGGUGAAAUAGACAUCUUACCCACCAAUGCCAAAAUCUACCUGCAUUUGGCGUUGUUAAUUUUAGGCCAGGAUGGGGAGGACAUUGAUGAUUUCAACACACUGACAGACACACAGUCACUGUUAACACCAGUGUUGUUGUCCAUGGAGAUCUCCUGGCCAGUGGUUUUUCCACCUAACUGAAGCACUAGACGACUUGGAUAGGCAGACUAAUAGUGGAAACAGACAGUCAAUAGUGGAGGUCGACUGGACUGGAGUGUGUGUUUGUCUGUGACGGACUGAGCUUUUUGAGCUGACUCGAUCCUGUGGCUGUGUGUGGCUGUCUGUCUGAAACACAUUUCCUCCUUGGUGAACUUUAUCGACACACACACACACACACACAGAGGCCUGUAGGAGCAAGCCGGCCGGCCUGGGGAACCACGUAGUACAUGCGUAAAUUACUGCUUUUGUGUUUUGGAGAUUCCAGCCUUGCCUAGGUAAACACACACACACACACACACACACACACACACACACACACACAGAGAGAGCUCAAAGCCUGCCAAGACAGAGAAGCAGCACCUAGAGACCUCUUUGCCUUGGCUCCCUUACGUCAGUUGGUGUUCCAAGUGUGUGUGUGUCUGAGUGUGUGUGUCUGUCUGCCUGUGUGGGGAAAAUCUAGGAAUGUCUGUAUGUUAUCAGUGUAAUCUGCAGCCUGUCCAGUCUUGUCUCCAUGUCUGAGGAUGAGAGAUCACUACUCCACUGAUUAUCUCAUAGAUGUGUUUGUGAUCACACAGACCUAGCGUCAGUGUGUGACCACCCCUUGAGCUCUGUUGAACACCAAGGAAAAUGCACACACCUUACCUCACUCUCAUCCUGAUGACGCUUGGCAAUAGAAUGUCAAAGUUGACAGGUGUCUCCACCCGUCUGCCCUCUAGCCUUCUCAUGCAACCUUUGGAAAUAUUCACACUGUUCUCACAAACAGCCCAGUGUUCUGUAGCAGGCUAGAGUGAUUGCACUGAGCAGUUGGUACUGUCUCACUCCUUCUGCUCAGAACACACACACACACACAUGCCCAUCCAGACAGUGCUGGUGCCACUGACUGUCAAGUGAAGGGACAAUCUCCUGGUUAUAAGUUCCGGGGAGGACAUGGAGAGAGAGAUUCCAUGUGACACACUCUGUAGUCCGUCCGUCUGUUCUGUUGAGAGCAGCAGUAGAGUGGUAGGCACUGGGACUAGGCCGACAGAUGAGUUGUACAGCCCAGUACUGUGACAGCACUCAUUAUCACCCAAAUGUGACAGUAUGACCUUCUGUCCUGUCAGUUUUCUUAAUCAUAUGGGGUAUUCAAAGCACACAUAACAAGAGUGUAUCAUCCUAACUAAUAUCUUUUUUUUUUAAUGGGACUAAAAGAUGAGUUCCAUUAUAACCCUUCAAGUAUGUUGGUCUAAAGUAAUUUUUUAUGACAAGAAAUUAAAGUACAUUUUCCCAAAAAUGUAUAAUGUAUUUGUCAACAGGUUUGACUAACAGUGAAAUGCUUACUUAAGGGACCUUUUCCAACAAUGCAGAGUUAAAGAUACAAAUAAAAUAGAAAUAGUGACACGAGGAAUAAAUCCACAGUGAAUAACGAGUAAAAUUUACAUGGCUAUAUACAGGGAGUUACAGUACCGAGUCGAUGUGCAGGGGUACGAGGUAAUUGAGGUAGAUACUGUAUGUACAUAUACAGUUGAAGUUGGAAGUUUACAUACACCUUAGCCAAAUACAAUUUCACAAUUCCUGACAUUUAAUCCUAGUAAAAAUUCCCUGUCUUAGAUCACCACUUUAUUUUAAGAAUGUGAAAUGUCCGAAUAAUAGUAGAGAGAAUGAUGUUUGAUUUUAUUUCAGCUUUUCUUUCUUUCAUCACAUUCCCAGUGGGUCAGAAGUUUACAUACGCUCAAUUAGUAUUUGGUAGCAUUGCCUUUAAAUUGUUUAACUUCGGUCAAACGUUUCGGGUAGCCUUCCACAAGCUUCCCACAAUAAGUUGGGUGAAUUUUGGCCUAUUCCUCCUGACAGAGCUGGUGUAACUGAGUCAGGUUUGUGGGCCUCCUUGCUCACACAAACUUUUUCAGUUCUGCCCAAAAAUGUUCAAUAGGAUUGAGGUCAGGGCUUUGUGAUGGCCACUCCGACACCUUGACUUUGUUGUCCUUAAGCCAUUUUGACACAACUUUGGAAGUAUGCUUGGGGUCAUUGUCCAUUUGGAAGACCCAUUUGCGACCAAGCUUUAACUUCCUGACUGAUGUCUUGAGAUGUUGCUUCAAUAUAUCCACAUAAUUUUCCUUCCUCAUGAAGCCAUCUAUUUUAUGAAGUGCACCAGUCCCUCCUGCAGCAAAGCACCCCCACAGCAUGAUGCUGCCACCCCCAUGCUUCAUGGUUGGGAUGGUGUUCUUCGGCUUGCAAGCGCCCCCCUUUUUCCUCCAAACAUAACGAUGGCCAAACAGUUCUAUUUUUGUUUCAUCAGACCAGAGGACAUUUCUCCAAAAAGUACGAUCUUUGUCCCCAUGUGCAGUUGCAAACCGUAGUCUGGCUUUUUUAUGGCGGUUUUGGAGCAGUGGCUUCUUCCUUGCUGAGCGGCCUUUCAGGUUAUGUCAAUAUAGGACUCGUUUUACUGUGGAUAUAGAUACUUUUGUACCUGUUUCGUCCAGAAUCUUCACAAGGUCCUUUGCUGUUGUUCAGAGAUUGAUUUGCACUUUUCGCACCAAAGUACAUUCAUCUCUAGGAGAAAGAAUGUGUCUCCUUCCUGAGCGGUAUGACGGCUGCGUGGUCCCAUGGUGUUUAUACUUGCGUACUAUUGUUUGUACAGAUGAACGUGGUACCUUCAGGCAUUUGGAAAUUGCUCCCAAGGAUGAACCAGACUUGUGGAUGUUUUUUUCUUUUUUCUUGGCUGAUUUAUUUUUAUUUUCUCAUGAUGUCAAGCAAAGAGGCACUGAGUUUGAAGGUAGGCCUUGAAAUACAUCCACAGGUACACCUCCAAUUGACUCAAAUGAUGUCAAUUAGCCUAUCAGAAGCUUCUAAAGCCAUGACAUCAUUUUCUGGAAUUUUCCAAGCUGUUUAAAGGCACAGUCAACUUAGUGUAUGUAAACUUCUGACCCACUGGAAUUGUGAUACAGUGAAUUAUAAGUGAAAUAAUCUGUCUGUAAACAAUUGUUGGAAAAAUGUAUUGUCAUGCACAAAGUAGAUGUCCUAAUCGACUUGCCAAAACUAUAGUUUGUUAACAAGAAAUGUGUGGAGUGGUUGAAAAACGAGUUUUAAUGACUCCAACCAUAGUGUAUGUAAACUUCCGACUUCAACUGUAGGUACGGGUAAAGUGACUAGACAACAGGAUAGAUGGUAGACAGUGUGUGUGUGGCGUCAGUAUGCAUGUUUGCUUGUGUUUUGUGUGUGUGUGUGUUUAUGGAUUGGGGUGUCGGUGUACACUACCGUUCAAAAGUUUGGGGUCACUUAGAAAUGUCCAUGUUUUCCAUGAAAACAUACAUGAAAUGAGUUUGAAUAGAAAAUAUAGCAAAAUGCAUAGGAAAUGUAGUCAUUGAGAAGGUUAGAAAUAAUGAUUUUUAAUAUAAAUAAUAAUUGUGUCCUUCAAACUUUGCUUUUGUCAGAAAAUCCUCCAUUUGCAGCAAUUACAGCCUUGCAGACCUUUUGGCAUUCUAGUUGUCUAUUUGUUGAAGAAAUCUGAAGAGAUUUCACCCCAUGCUUCCUGAAGCACCUCCCACAAGUUGGAUUGGCUUGAUGGGCACUUCUUACGUACCAUACGGUCAAGCUGCUCCCACAACAGCUCAAUAGGGUUGAGAUCCGGUGACUGUGCUGGCCACUCCAUUAUAGACAGAAUACCAGCUGACUGCUUCUUCCCUAAAUAGUUAUUGCAUAGUUUGGAGCUGUGCUUUGGGUCAUUGUCCUGUUGUAGGAGGAAAUUGGCUCCAAUCAAGCGCCGCCACCAAAAUGGAGUGAUAGCCUUCCUUCUUCAAGAUCUCUUUUACCCUGUACAAAUCUCCCACAUUACCACCACCAAAGCACCCCCAGACCAUCACAUUGCCUCCACCAUGCUUGACAGAUGGCAUCAAGCACUCCUCCAGCAUAUUUUCAUUUGGUCUGCAUCUCACAAAUGUUCUUCUUUGUGAUCCGAACACCUCAAACUUCGAUUCGUCUGUCCAUAACACUUUUUUCCGAUCUUCCUCUGUCCAGUAUCUGUGUUCUUUUGCCCAUCUUAAUCUUUUCUUUUUAUUGGCCAGUCUGAGAUAUGGCUUUUUCUUUGCAAAUCUGCCUAGAAGGUCAGCAUCCCGGAGUCGCCUCUUCACUGUUGACGUUGAGACUGGUGUUUUGCGGGUACUAUAUAAUGAAGCUGCCAGUUGAGGACCUGUGAGGCGUCUGUUUCUCAAACUAGACACUAAUGUAUUUGUCCUCUUGCUCAGUUGUGCGCUGGGGCCUCCCACGCCUCUUUCUAUUCUGGUUAGAGCCAGUUUGCGCUGUUCUGUGAAGGGAGUAGUACACAGCGUUGUACAAGAUCUUCAGUUUCUUGGCGAUUUCUCACAUGGAAUAGCCUUCAUUUCUCAGAACACGAAUAGACUGACAAUAUUUGUUUCUAGCCAUUUUGAUCCUGUAAUCGAUCCCACAAUUACUGAUGCUCCAGAUACUCAACUAGUCUUAAGAAGGACCGUUUUAUUGCUUCUUUAAUCAGCAGAACAGUUUUCAGCUGUGCUAACAUAAUUGCAAAAGGGUUUUCUAAUGAUCAAUUAGCCUUUUCAAAUGAUAAACUUGGAUUAGCAAACACAACGUGCCAUUGGAACACAGGACUGAUGGUUGCUGAUAAUGGGCCUCUGUACGCCUAUGUAGAUAUUCCAUUAAAAAUCAGCCGUUUCCAGCUACAAUAGCCAUUUACAACAUUAACCAUGUCUACACUGUAUUUCUGAUCAAUUUGAUGUUAUUUUAAUGGACAAAAAAAAUGCUUUUCUUUCAAAAACAAGGACAUUUCUAAGUGACCCCAAACGUUUGAACAGUAGUGUAAGUAUGUGGAGUGUGUGGGUAGAGUCCAGUGUGUGUGUGUAUAGAAUCAGUGCAGGAGAGUUGGUGCAAAAAAGUGUAUGUGUGUUUCACCAUCAAAUAGUGAUUUGUGAGAAGCGUAACAUGGGAACAGGCUGUCCAUGGCUAGAUGUUUUAGAAUAUUAGAUUAACAGUGUGUGUAUGACGCAGGGUGUCAGAACGCAGCACAACAUUGUUGACAUAAUGGGCCUUUGAUAAUGCUGUUGUGUCCUCAACGUCUUGUCUGGUGUUGGAGAAUGUAUUGCUUCUCCCUCCAAGGACGUUGUGGAGAUAACUUGGGCCUUGUUUCAUGUUGCAGAAGGACUAGUUUACUGGGAGGGUAUCAGAUUCACAACACACUGGUGUGUGUGUUUGUGUGUGUGUGUGUGUGCGCUCCCGCACACAGAGGAGAAUGGAAGCAUGGAGGCUGGAUGUCUUUCAUCUCAAAGAUCAGACCUCUUCCCCGUCCCUCUCUUUCUCUCUCCCUCUCUUCUGCUGUUUCCAGACUAUUUCUGAAUAUGCUCUUAUACUCUUGUACACUGAGUGUACAAAUCAUUAAGAACACCUUCCUAAUAUUGAGUUGCACCCCCUUUUGCCCACAGAACAGCCUCAAUUCGUCGGGGCAUGGACUCAAGGUGUCAAGUGUUCCACAGUUGUGUCAAGUUGGCUGGAUGGCACAAUUGGCCCAGCGUCGUCCAGUGUAGGGGAGGGAAUGGCCGGCAGGGAUGUAGCUCAGUUGGUAGAGCAUGGCGUUUGCAACGCCAGGGUUGUGGGUUCGUUUCCCACAGGGGGCCAGUAUGAAAUAAUAAAAAUAAAACAAAAAUAAUAAAAAUAAUGUAUGCACUGGAUAAGAGCGUCUGCUAAAUGACUAAAAUGUAAAUGUAAUGUCCUUUGGGUGGUGGACCAUUCUUGAUACACACGGGAAACCAGCAGCGUUUCAGUUCUUGACACAAACCGGUGCGCCUGGCACCUACUACCAUACCCCGUUCAAAGGCACUUAAAUCUUUUGUCUUGCCCAUUCACCCUCUGAAUGGCACACAUACGCAAUCCAUGUCUCAAGGCUUAAAAAUAUUUAUUUAACUUGUCUCCUCCCCUUCAUCUACACUGAUUGAAGUGGAUUUAACAAGUGACAUCAAUAAGGGAUCGUAGCUUUCACCUGAAGUCACCUGGUCAGUCUAUGUCAUGGAAAGAGCAGGUGUUCCUAAUGUUUUGUAUACUCAGUGAACUCUCUCUUUCUCUCUCCUUCUCUUUUUAUCUCCCUCGUUCUUUCCCCCUCUACCACUUUUCAUAUCCCUCCUCUUCCUCCCCCUUCCCCCUAGCUUCCUCCUCCUAUUCUCUCUCUCUCCCUCUCUCGGGGCCAGGGGGGCUAAUGUAAUCAUAUGAUUAUAUAAUUAACCCAGCUGUCUCAUUAAAGAAAAUCAACUGGAAUUGGGGCAUAAUUAGUCAUACGCCAAUUAGUGACCGUGUCGAUGCCGGGCACUGAUGAGGCCAGGACUGGCAAGACUGGCAGCGCCCAACGUGGAGGGGGGGGGGGGAAAUCAGGGUUAGAACACCCUGCCAGUCUCCAAAUCCCAACUCCUCCCUAUCCAUCCCUUACCCAUUACCAUCAUUACAAUCUCUGACCUUGAUACUGUUUUGAUUAAUUCAAUUAUUCAAUAUGUACUGUACAUCAAUAGAUCUACAGUUUCCACUACUGUGGGUUGUGUCUAUGCUGUACUACUAUUGGAUACAUACUGUACAAGUCUGUUUACAGGAAUGUGUUGUUUUCCCAUGGGUUUCUCUGUCCAAGUCCGUAAGAUAAGAAAGUAAUCAUCAUUGUCCAGAAACCUAGCUCGCUCCCCUCUUACUAUCUCUUUCCUCUCUCAUUCAUUCUCCCUGCCUCUCUCUCUCUCAUGCCCUUUUGCUUUUUCUCUCCCUCUUACUCUCUUUGCCUCUCUUCCUCUCCUUUGUCUGGGCUGUGUGUGUGUGGUGGCAACAGCAGUGCUGUCUCAGCUCUCCAGUUCUGCUCUGUGCGAAUGGGGGCAGCUAUACAUAGCUCUGCUGCUCUGGCACCCAACACACACACAUCAGUCAGCCUCGCGUGACUCGCCCUGGCCACUCAGUCACUACCAGGCACAGGGACACAAAACCCCACUCUACACCUUACUGUUGCAGUGCAUGGAAGUAUGUUUGAAUGGAGUGAGGGGUAGAGGUUAGAGACUGACUGGAUGGGUGUGAUCUCCUCAAUUAACCGAUCUUCAAAACAUGUAACACCACUUGCUACAUACACUACUGUUCAAAAGUUUGGGGUCGCUUAGAAAUGUCCUUGUUUUCGAAAGAAAAGCAAUGUUUUUGUCCAUUAAAAUAACAUCAAAUUGAUCAGAAAUACAGUGUAGACAUGGUUAAUGUUGUAAAUGGCUAUUGUAGCUGGAAACGGCUGAUUUUUAAUGGAAUAUCUACAUAGGCGUACAGAGGCCCAUUAUCAGCAACCAUCAGUCCUGUGUUCCAAUGGCACGUUGUGUUUGCUAAUCCAAGUUUAUCAUUUGAAAAGGCUAAUUGAUCAUUAGAAAACCCUUUUGCAAUUAUGUUAGCACGGCUGAAAACUGUUGUGCUGAUUAAAGAAGCAAUAAAACUGGCCUUCUUGAGACUAGUUGAGUAUAUGGAGCAACAGCAAUUGUGGGUUCGAUUACAGGAUCAAAAUGGCUAGAAACAAAUAUCGUCAGUCUAUUCGUGUUCUGAGAAAUGAAGGCUAUUCUAUGUGAGAAAUCGCCAAGAAACUGAAGAUCUCGUACAACGCUGUGUACUACUCCCUUCACAGAACAGCGCAAACUGGCUCUAACCAGAAUAGAAAGAGGCGUGGGAGGCCCCAGCGCACAACUGAGCAAGAGGACAAAUACAUUAGAGUGUCUAGUUUGAGAAACAGGCGCCUCACAGGUCCUCAACUGGCAGCUUCAUUAAAUAGUACCCGCAAAACACCAGUGUUCAACGUCAACAGUGAAGAGGCGACUCCGGGAUGCUGACCUUCUAGGCAGAUUUGCAAAGAAAAAGCCAUAUCUCAGACUGGCCAAUAAAAAUAAAAGAUUAAGAUGGGCAGUCUGAGAAAUUGUGAUUAGUAACAUGUAGUGUCCUUUACUCUCCCCUCCUCUCAGACCCUGUGUCGGCCCUGGACACUGCCCAGCAGCUACAGCUGAAGGUCCAGAGGAUGCACGACAUCGAGACGGAGAACCAGAAGCUCCGUGAGACGCUGGAGGGCUACACCCAGGAGAUCGCUGAGGUCAAGAACCACGGUGAGACUGAGACACAUACUCUUUCUGAACCUAUCCUGGACCAGUGUGAUCGACCGAGUUUGAACCGAUGGGCCACAAUAAAUUGUUGGCUUGCUGAGCUAAAGCCCUAGGCAUUAGCUCAGGGUGCUAACACAACCUCAUCCACUGAAACGCUUCCACUACACCAGCACAGAGAGCUAGGCUAAGACUCCCAUUGGGAGAUUCAUCAAUGCUUAGCCGCCUCAGCGGUCUGGUUGAAAGUAUAGUAAAAGUAUAUGCGCAAUGUUAAAAGUUGUAAGAAGAUAUCAUCUGUAAUGCGGAUACCGUUUCAAGAGCCGAUGUCCGUGGAGUUACAUCAAAUGCUGUAAAAUAGCUAACAACUAACAUCAAGUAAGUGGUCAGCGGAGUCGUCCCAAAGUCCCUCCAUAACCCCGAAAUAUAGAUAUUUUUUAAAUAAAGGCUCUCCUCCUCCAUAGCCCUCUUUAUGAGAAAGUAUCCCCUGGGCAGUCUUUUCAGAUGAAGCCCCAUUGUAUAGGCCUCAAAAGCCUUCACUGCUUUUUCUCUUUUCAGAAAGGCAGGGAAAAGAAGGGGAGGAGAAGAGGGGAUAGAGGGAGGAGGAGGGUUGGUUGGGCCUGCCCUCUCUGUCUUUGGAAUUCCCCUCCCACCAAGAGCUAAUUGACCCAGCUCAAUAGCUGCAAUAUUUUAUUUUGCCAUAGAUUUUUUUCUUAUUUCAUUUUUUCUUCUCCUGCUCGCUCCUCUUUUUCUCUCCCCCCCUUUGGUCCCCAUGACCAGGCUAAGCUACAGAUCUCCUACCUCAGCGGCGGAGGAGAGGAGAAUCCCCUCUCUCUCAUUCUCUCUCCUCCUUCCCUCUCUUCCUUCAUCUCUCUCGCUCUCAUCCCGGCCAGCCGAGGCCAUUGAUCCCCUGCAACCUAAAUGUUUAAAGUUCAAUUUAACAGUUAAGGGGGAAAAGGGCUCAGAGGGGACUCAUCGCCAUUGAUUAUGUGUCAGGGCUGAAACAGUGAAGUUUAAAUCACCGCAGAGGAGGAGGAGAGAGAGAGAGAGAUUGAGAGAGGGCACCAGCGAGUGAGCGAGAGAAAAAAAGGAAGAGAAGACGAGUAAGAAGUGGGGGGAAAACUGAGAGCUCUCAGUCAGUAAUACAAGUGGGCUGUGCCAAUACACACACUGCACACAGUGGAGUGGAGCCCUGUUCCUCCUACUCCAUCUUACUUGGAGAAUCCGUCUGCCUCUGUCAGUGUAACUGACAAUCCAGACUUAGCACAUCAGGAUGAUGUGCAGGAGCCUUAUGGCUUGGUCCCUAAUAUCAUGUUGGUACUCUGGUUUAUUUCUUACCUGUUAUCCUAUCACUUACUGACUGUUUGUGUUUUCUCUCUCCCACCCUCUCUCUCUGUCUCUCUCUCUGUCUCUCUCUCUGUCUCUCUCUCUCUCUGUCUCUCUCUCUCUCUCUCUCACACACAGAGGUCACAAUUAAAGCACUUAAGGAGAAGAUAGAGGAGUAUGAAGAGACCCUGAAGAAACAGGCCAAGGAGCUGGGCCAGGAGGAGAAGAGAGGGGGAGAAAAGGAAGAGGAGAAAGAGAAGAAAGAGGGAGAGGAGGGGCAGCUUCACAACGACCAUGCAGAGGAGGAGAGGUAAGCAGUAGCGCCCCCUGUAGCCCAUACCCUGCCCUGAAACUACUCUGCUAGUACGGACUAGCUGUGGAGGAUAGGCUAGCUAGUGUUUGCCAAUGGGCAGCGACUACUGGCUGCAGCUUGUGUCUGAGUAUGAGCGAUGGUUAGGCCCAGACUGAAUACCCUUAUAGCUGUUGUCUGAACUAUUAUCUGAUAUUGUACUGUAACAGUAUUUAGUUACAUAUUUCCAUACUUCCAUGGCGAACCAAUUAUUCUCUUAAUAAAUUGUCCGCUCAGUCUGUCUGGCCUUAACGAUGGUCAGUUUCAUACAUGUUUGCAUUGUAGAUAAGUGGGUGACCAAGUUUAGUUAACCUUCCAGUGAGGCUUGGCCGUAGUUUAUCAGAUACAUCAGGGUUGUUGUGAAGGGCACUGAAACGGACUCCCUAUCACGUUGUCAUUUACACUUUCACUCAGCACUUGAGCUGAGCAAGUAUUGAAUCAGGAACGGGAGAUAACCGGCACUCAUUCGUUUUUUGCAUUGUUUUACCCCACCGUAUUCCUAUUGAACUUGCUCCUAAUCAUACUGUAACUGAAUGUGAGAUAUCUCAAUUUGAACUCGAACCAGCUCUCCCUCAACCCCCUGUCACACAAUAUUAUAUGAUCCCAUCAGUGUGUCCUGAUGGAGGCAUAUGCGGCCGUUACACAAGGCUUUUAUUGGGACCAACCAACCCAAACUGUAAUCCCAUUGCACCGUAAUACCUUUUAAUUCACCGCUGUUUGUUUACUCCUAAACCCCCCGGCAUGGAUGGUAAUACCGCACUGAGCCUCCUGAUCAUCACUGCUGCCAGACUGGCACUCACAGGACAGGGACACAGUUCGGCUCUGUUAUGUCAGAGGGCAACAAUACGGCCCCAUUGUAACCUAUUGUCACCGCUCUCACCCUUGUUACAAAGACGCCACCAUAGACCCCAUUCUGCUACCUUGAAUUAUAUUAAUGUUUCCUGGUCACCCAAAAAUAGCACCUGGUAGGAAAAGAGAGGGGGAGGGAGAGGAAGAGAGCAGAGGUACAGUACAGUGACAUGGGGAUGAGUAGAGGCACAACAGUGGUGCAGUCAUCCACAGAGGGAGGAACUGCAGGGCAGUCAGAACCAAUGUGUCAGUGAGGUUUGUUUCCCUUACUGCAGCUUUGGCUGAGGCACCUCCUCGUUUUUGAAUACAUUUGAGGUUGAGAGAUUCUCUGGUGAGUGGUGAUUCUUGGUGUUGUGGAGAUAGCCUCUGGAUCCCCGUAGACCAAUUCUGAUUGGUUGACUUUGUGCGCUGAUUUUGACCAAUGAGCCAGCAUCUCACCACAACUCCAUUUAGGCCACACACUCUGGCAAGGUCGAGGAUAUGUGAUAUCUGGUGAUAUCUCACACUCUAUGAAAACGAAAUACAGACAGAAACUGGACAGCCCAGGUUGUAAACCUUAUGUCUUCAUUAUCAUUUCCAAAUCUGGCGACUACCCAUACGUCACAUAAACAGUGAUAUCAUGGAUGAUAACUAACUACACCCAACCUUUAUAGUCUUUCCCUUUGGAGAUCGACAGUUUGUCCUUAUAAUGAACCAACUCCCAAGGAGAAACGGGCUCGACCCCUCUCAUCUUGUCCUCAGUAAUAGCUAGCCAGUCAGGAGUUGACAUUCAUUCUUCAGGGUUUGGAAUGUUCCCCUCCUCUUUAGCGCUGAGGUAAAUUGAUGAGUCGUCUGCCAGUGCAGGAGGGCUGGUGGCAUGAUGAGAGGCCCUAUGGGCGGCCCAGGUGUUUAAGUAUUGAUAAUAAUAACCCCCCGACAGACUUGACAGAGCAGAACAGCCUAGCUGCUGUUGGCAAAAAAUACAACACUUAACUGUCCUCUCCACUUGCACUCUACCACUUCAACUGGAAUCAGAGCGAGUGCUCGUUCGUUUGAGCGGGUGCUAUGGGAACCUGUCUUAUUUUUUCUAAAGUGCUGAUAGGCUGAAUUGGCCCCUUCACUUUGAGUGAUGAUAUACCUCUUAGCUUACCUGUAGCCUCUUGAUGCUAGGCUAGUGGUUAGCAACUAUCCUGCUAUAGGCCUAGCCUUUUUUUUUAUCUUUAAAGUUGAUACUUUUUAACCUGUUCACUCUUUUUUUGUUGUGAUGCUAGUAGGCUAAAUUGACCCCUGUGAUGCUACAUUAGCCUCUUGAAAUGGUCAUUAGAUACAAUGUUGUUUCUUACUUAGGUGAUGCUAAGCUAACUUGUAUCUCUCCCUCUGUCCACACAGUCAACAACAGGAGAACCAGGAGUCUGUGGUGUCAAAGCUGGAGGAGGCAGACCGUAAGGCCCAGUCGCUACAGACAGGUAAGCAGUAG